AUGACAGUGAGAAGACAGACGGAGGCGUCCUCUGUGCUUCUUUGCAAGGGGUGUGCCCCCUGGCAGGGGCUCCUGCUCACAGCCUCCAUUUUAACCUGCUGGCUCCUGCCCACCGCCCAGGUCACCAUUGAACCGGUGCCGUUCAAUGUGAUUGAAGGAGAAGAUGUCCUUCUUCUUGUCGACAAUCUGCCAGAGAGUCUUGUAGUCUUAGCCUGGUUCAGAGGGCUGGGGAAAAUUGUUGUAUACAUACCGAACAUUAAUGUAAGUGUGACAGGGCCCAUGUACAGUGGUAAAGAGGCAGUGUCCAGCAAUGGCUCCCUGUGGAUCCGCAAUGUCACCCAGAAGGACACAGGAUUCUAUACCCUACGAACCGUGAACAGAAAUGGAGAAAUUUUAUCAACAACAUCCAUAUACCUCCACGUGAACCCCUCUCUUUUUGUCUGUGGGCGCCCUUCCAUCCCUGCUAAGCUCACUAUCGAGUCAGUGCCGCCCAGCGUUGCUGAAGGGGGAAGCGUUCUUCUCCUUGUUCACAACCUCCAGGAUAAGCUUCGAGGGCUUUCCUGGUACAAAGGAGCGUCUGUGUCUAGGAACCUUGAGAUUACCCGUCAGAUAAUAACCAAGAAUUCAAGCAUGCCAGGCCCUGCCCACAGCGGUAGAGAGACAGUGUACAGCAACGGAUCCCUCCUGAUUCAGAAUGUCACUCGGAAUGACGCUGGAUUCUACACCCUACGAACUCUGAGUAGACGUCGGAAAAUGAAAUUAGCACACGUGCAACUUCAGGUGGACAGCUCUCUUUCCUCGUGCUGUGACCCUCUCACCUCUGCCCAACUCACGAUUGAGCCAGUGCCACGGCGGCAUGCUGCCGAAGGGGAAAGCGUCCUUCUCCGUGUUCUUAAUCUGCCAGAAGAUCUCCAGAUUCUUUGCUGGUACAAAGGAGCAUCUACGUUCCAGGUCUUUAAAAUAGCAGAAUAUAGCAGAGCCAGGAACUCCAUCAGCUGGGGGCCUGCACAAGUCAGAAUGGAGAGAAUGUACACCAAUGGAUCCCUACUGCUCCGGGAUGUCACUGAGAAAGAAACAGGCUUGUACACGCUACAAACAAUCGACAGAAAUUUCAAAAUUGAAAAAGCACACGUGCAAAUCCAUGUGUACAAGCCUGUGACACAGCCUUUCAUGAGAGCCACGGACACCACAGUCAGUGUACAGAACUCAGUGGUCUUUACUUGCUUCUCAGACAAUACUGGGACCUCCAUCCACUGGCUCUUCAAUAAUCAGAGUCUGCAGCUCACAGAGAGGAUGAUACUGUCACCAUCAAAGUGUCAACUCAGCAUAGAUCCUGUCAGGAAGGAGGAUGCUGGAGCGUAUCAGUGUGAGGUCUCCAACCCAGUCAGUUCAAAGAGCAGUCGUCCAGUCAGCCUGGCUGUGAUGGAAGAGUGA